ACCUUGGUUUAUAUUAGCUCUCGGGACGUAAGUCUCAUGGGAGAUAGCGAGUCAGUAUAGGCGGUGUAUAGGCGUAUCUCUGGACGUGCAUCGAGAUAUCAAGGCUUUGAAGUGUUCAAGGCAAUCGAGGUUUUCGAGGGAUUUAAGAUGUCCGACCCACCGGCUGAUUAUGAUCGUGUGGUGAUCGGUGCGGGCAUCAUCGGCUCCUGCACCGCCUACCAGUUGCUGAAGGCCGGACAUCGGCGUGUGCUGCUUAUUGAUCAGUUUCCACUGCCCCACUCCCGUGGUAGCUCGCACGGACAGAGCCGUAUUAUACGGACUGCCUACGGCGAUGUGGAGCAGGCUAACAUGGCCCGAAGGACCCGUCUGCUCUGGAGAGAUCUGGAACAGAGUGCCGGCGAGACGCUCUGCGUCGACUGCCCUUUGUUGCUCGUAGCGGCCGCUUCACACCGUGACGAAUUCAACACGUACGUCAGCUGUAUAUCCAACCAAACAAUCUACCAAGGCGAUCAACUAGCCCGCCUUCUACCAGCCGCGGCCUUUCCUGACGGCUAUACAGGAGGUUUGGACGAUUCAGCCGGGCUAUUACGAGCAGAUCGCUGUCUUCUAGCCGUACGGCGUCUGUUUGUUUCAAAUGGUGGUAUAAUCCGUGAUGGAACUCCAGUGACUGCUAUCACACCGGUUGAGGGAACUGCUGGAGAAAUUCUGCGCCUGGAAGGACCCUCUGUCACCUGUCGAGGUCUGGUAGUCUGCGCAGGAGCCUGGGCGGCUAGACUUCUAUCCCCUCUGGGUCUUCCUCGUCUGGUCAGCACUCUUCGCCCGGAGAAAGUGGCAGUCACGUACUGGAAAGUGAAGCCCGGAUACACUGUGCCUCUGGCGGGGAUCGAUUUAACUGGUGUUGGUCAACAGAAUGGGCACUUCUACUGGCUACCUGCUCUGGAGUACCCCGGUUUGGUCAAGCUCUGCUACCAUGUCGGGGUGCCGUGCGACCCUGAUCGCCGUGAUACGGUCCGUAUGGACGGAGUACUGCAGACGACCAAGGAGUACGUGGCCAGGACCUUCCCGGGUCUGGAGCCGGAGCCGGCCAUAGUCGAGACGUGCAUGUAUACGGUGACUCCGGACGAGCGCUGUAUCCUGGAUGUCCACCCGCGGUACCCCAACAUCGCCUACGCCGCCGGAAUGUCAGGUCAGGGCUUCAAGAUGGGCCCAGUAUUCGCUGAGGUCCUUCAGCAGCUCGUGGAUGGUCAGAAGAGCCAGUUUGACCUGACCACCUUCUCCGCGGAGAGGUUCUCAGCUGAUGUCUCCCAUCUCUAAACUCGACGAGGGUCUCGACGCUCGAGGAGUUCUCAACUGGGAUAGCUCACUUCUAGACUUCUAGUUUCAAAGCUAGUUUCAAGGGACUGAUGAAGGCUGCACGACGGUUUUAAAUCGACGCGGCUCGAACGAGAUUCUCAACCGGGAUGUCCUAUCUCCAGUGUAGAUGCUGCGCUCAUUGGAGAAUGGAAAGGUUCUCAGAUUGUCUCUCACCUCUAGCAUCUACACGGUCCACCUAGAGUGAUUCUCAACGGCGGUCUCUAAAGAUUGCCGCGAUCGAUGGGCUACGCCAAUCUAACGCUGCCGUCUAAAGCUAACGCUGUUAGACACUGCCAAGCAUCAAUCUAUGUAUACACCCGUUGUCCAGGUUAUGUUUUAUUGUAUAGUCGACUACAUAAAUCAUAAUGAUGUUCCACUUUUCACAGGCAAUUAUUUGCCUGGAGUGGUAGGCUGUGCCGCAUCACACGGGCUGAGUUCACAAAUUAAUUGCGUGAUAAACGGCACAACUUAGCGCUCCAGUCAACUGAUAGCUUCUGAGGAGUGGAACGUCAUUCUGUAGUCGACUAUAUCUACGGCUUGUAUGUGCUGUGAGCCAAACGGCAUAGGGUCGGAAUUCAAAGAGUGCAAGGUGAUUCCAUAAUCCAUUGGAUGUUUAUACACUUGUGCACCAAUUAGGUGAUAUAACUGGUGGUAACUAAUACGGGCAAUGGGAUAGGCGCGGGACAGGUGGUAUAGUGAUUAAAGUCGAUUGAAUUGCUGUGGUUUAGAGCAAAUACACGAUUGAAGUUGA